CACUAUAAGGGCGGGAUUCCGGACGCGGACCUCUUAGUCUCCGCCCCGUCGUCCCCGCCCCUCACCUCUUCUGGGCGGGGCCUCCUCGGUUUCCCCCGCGCGGGGCGGGGCUCCGGGGAAGUGUGCGGCUUGCGGCCGCGCCCCUGGGCUCGUACCCGCGGAUCCCGGGCUUCCGCGCCGAGAGCACGCGGGCCUGUCAAUGGACCGCGCGGCCGUGGCGCGAGUGGGCGCGGUGGCGAGCGCCAGUGUGUGCGCGGUGGUAGCAGGCGUGGUGCUGGCCCAGUACAUAUUCACCUUGAAGAGAAAAACGGGCCGCAAGACCAAGAUCAUCGAAAUGGGUUGUUUUGAUGUUACUGUUGUUCCAUCUGACUUGAGCAUGCAUGAAGAUUGGAUAACCACGAAAUGACUAAUCAGGAGUCUGCUGUCCAUUUGAAAAUGAUGCCAGAAUUUCAGAAAAGCUCAGUUCGUAUCAAGAACCCUACAAGAGUAGAAGAAAUUAUCUGUGGUCUCAUUAAAGGAGGCGCUGCCAAACUUCAGAUAAUAACAGACUUUGACAUGACUCUAAGUAGGUUUUCCUACAAUGGGAAAAGAUGCCCAACGUGUCAUAAUAUCAUUGACAACUGUAAGCUUGUUACAGAUGAAUGUCGAAGAAAGUUACUGCAGCUAAAGGAGCAGUAUUAUGCUAUUGAAGUUGAUCCUGUUCUCACCGUGGAAGAGAAGUUCCCUUACAUGGUAGAGUGGUAUACCAAAUCUCACGGUUUGCUUAUUGAACAAGGCAUACCAAAAGCCAAACUUAAAGAGAUUGUGGCUGACUCUGACGUUAUGCUCAAGGAAGGAUAUGAGAAUUUCUUCGGUAAACUUCAACAGCACGGUAUCCCUGUGUUCAUAUUUUCUGCUGGUAUUGGUGAUGUACUUGAAGAAGUUAUCCGGCAGGCUGGAGUUUAUCACUCAAACGUCAAAGUAGUGUCAAACUUCAUGGAUUUUGAUGAAAAUGGAGUGCUGAAAGGAUUCAAAGGAGAGUUAAUCCACGUGUUCAACAAACACGAUGGUGCCCUGAAGAAUACAGACUACUUCAGCCAGCUGAAAGACAACAGCAACAUCAUUCUGCUCGGGGACUCCCAAGGAGACCUAAGAAUGGCCGAUGGCGUAGCCAAUGUUGAACACAUUCUGAAAAUUGGUUAUCUGAAUGACAGAGUAGACGAGCUUUUAGAAAAAUACAUGGACUCUUAUGAUAUUGUUUUAGUAAAAGAAGAAUCAUUGGAGGUUGUCAACUCAAUUUUACAGAAGACAUUAUAAACAAGCCAUCGUGAGAAGACUUCCCCCAGGGGUACACCUGGGUCAGGCACUGUCCAUUUUGAGGAAAGACUCUUUCUUAUUUAUAAAACAGUCUUGCUCCUGGAACUUUUCCCUUUUCCCAACAGACGAUCUUCAGACGUGUGGAACCUGUGAACCACGGCCCCUCUUCCCACCUCCGUCACUAUACUCAGCAGAAUUUUUAAGUCAUUAAAAAUUAUCUUAAAGCCAAAAUUAGAAAGAUGGCUCCCUUUUCCAAAGUGAGUUUUGUAGUUUGGUGUUCUGCAGUUUCUAGGGCAUUCUCCCAGGUGGGUGUAUAAGGGCGCAGAAGACGCUCUCUGGAUGUAUUAUGUUCCUGAUUUUAACCACUGCUAGCUUUGAAAUUGGGGUGGAGUAUGGAGACAUCAUCUUCUGAAAUUGUUUUAUUUGUUUAUUUUGUCUAUAAAAUACAUUUGCCAGGAAGUUGUGUCUUAAAAACUGUUGGUGUCCGCAUCGCUAACAUUGCAAAUACUCUGUGUGAAGCACUGAGAAUAAACCAGAAAAAGAAAGCUUUUCUAAAA